ACGAAGAAUGCAAUUUGCCUCUACUUGACAGAGCUCAUUUAACAGCAACUACAUCUCUGUCUGAACGGGGGCCGAAAAAUGCUAGACUUAAUGGUGGAUGCUAGAAAAUAACCACGUUUUGCCAUGUGAUCAACGUAGAAGCCGGAUUAAAUUUAAUUAUUUAAAAAGUUUCCAAGGGACACAACGCAUUUCAUAAUUGUAUUAAUCAAGAAUAAUACAUAAUACCAUCUUUUAAUGGCCUCUACUAGCAUUAGGUGGGCUUUCAAUUGGGCGAAUUGGCAUCCAACAGAGAAAGAUUUAUUAAAAGUAGUUUCUUGUCUGCAAAAUGAGGAAAAGGAAAGACUAGGAAAAUUCGUGUUCCGAAAAGACUUUAGAGCAUCAGUUGUUGGAAGAUUAAUGAUGAGAAAGUUUAUUAAUGAAUAUACUGAUAUUCCAUACAAUGAAAUUAUAUUUACAAGAGACCAAAAUAACAAGCCCAUGCUUGAGAAUGCAUCCAAAUCGAUAGCAUUUAACAUAUCACAUCAAGGAAGUUUUACUGUGUUUGUCGGAGAAAUCAGGAACGUAAAAUUAGGUGUAGAUGUUAUGAAACUCGAGUAUACCGGUGGUAAGCGAUUGUCAGAGUUUUUUCGAUUGAUGGAUAGAAAUUUUUCACCUGCAGAAUGGAUAGAAAUUAGAGGCGGUACUGGCACUCCAGAGUCAGAGCAAACAGCCAUGUUCUGUAGGUACUGGGCAUUAAAGGAAAGUUAUGUUAAGGGACUGGGUGUGGGUAUUGUAAUUGAUCUUAGAAAUAUUGAAUUUAGAACGUCUUCGAGACUACGUGAAAAUGAGUUAGUUAUAGAUACCAGCUUAUAUAUAAACGGUGUUAGACAAAAUUGGUUUUUUGAAGAAUCUUUACUAGACUCUGAACAUUGCGUUGCUGUAGCAGUGCAAGGAAUUGAGUCAGUUAACAGUUCGAAAAAUGUAUUAUUUGAAAAAAUAAGUAUAGGAAAGUUGCUGGAAAAUGCUGUUUCCCUUAUUCCCCAGGAUCCAGAAUAUUGUAGACAGUACUUUGCUAAAAGAGAAAGGCCUUAAGAUUUUUUUUUUUAAAGUAUGUAAAGUGAUACUUAUGUCUCUCAUAAGCCUAAUUUAUCUAUGUAUUGUUGUUGAUAGGCCGUAAAUAAAAAUGUAAAAUUAUAAAAUAAUAAACUGUGUGAAUUAUUUGGAUGAUGAGCAUAAGAUCACCAAAAUAUACAGUGCAAACGAAAAAGUUUCUACUAGCUGCAUUUCUCAAGUCGCGUGGUUACGGCUGCACGGGCAGGAUUUCAGUGACGUCUCUAAGCUUAUGUAGCCGUGUGGCGAAUUUAUAUACAUAACGUCAACCGGGAUGAUUGGAUAAAAAUUCACACAUAGCCUCAAAAAUAUGUGUUCCACUAGAUUUUUUAACGAUUUUAGAGUGAGAUAACAGAUCUAAAUGAACUUUCGUUUUGUAGUGUAUGUUGACACUAAUGCAUAUCCUAAGUGUCAAGUCAAAAUAAUUGGUUAUUUAAAAGUUGAUACGUUUUGAAAUUUAUCGAUAUCGAAAACUCGUAAUCGUAUAAAUUAUUCUGAAUAUUAUCGUAUGAAUACUUCUGAAUAUUAAAUACUUUUUGAAUAUAAAGAAGUUUUGUCACUAGAAAGUAACUGUAAUUUCUUAAAAGUUUGUAACAAACAUAACUGGCACUGGAAAACUAACAAUUCUUCAAUUUUCUAUUGUUUUAUACGUGAUUUGUAAAAAGUUUUGCGGCAACUUGUAUUUAAAUUAAAAAAAAUUAUUUAAACAGAUUAGGAUUUAUUAGCCAUAUUUUAUGAAUGUCACAAUAUUUGUAAACGUAUUUUACUGCUCUAAUAAAAUUAUACUACUAUUAUA